AUAUGUCACUGUCAAAUGUCAAACAAAAUUAACGUCAAAGUCACAUUUUUAAUUCCGCACCGCCAUGCGGUCGUAAUAUUAGUAAAUAAUUUCAGUUUAAUGCAUUUCUAAUUAAUAAAAAUGCAGCAAGCACAUCGUGCAGGAAAUCUAAAACAGAGCAAUAAGGCUCACAAGUCACGUCAUCGUUCUAAACGUGGUAUUUCAGCGGCAGUAAAAGGUAAGGUUAAUGUAAAGGAGUUUGUACGCCGCAAUCGUCAUAUUUUGAAAAAAGAGGAGCGUCGUCACCAGGCCCUUCAAAUCCGAAAGAAUAAACGUGAGGAAGUUUUGUCGAAGAAACGCGCCCUCGGUGGAACUCGUAACCCGCCAUUCUUAGUUUGCGUGGUCCCAUUGAAUGCACAAUUAGAUGUGAAUUCAGCCCUUGUUAUACUAAAAACAUGUUCAGAAGGAGCUGUAGUAACUCAGUCUUCAAAAGGCAUUCUUCACAUUGGGCUACCAAACUUCAAACAAAGGUUCUCAUUCAUAUGCCCAGAGGUAAACAAUGACUUUGCUCUGUUGGAUGCCCUCAAAGUUGCUGACACAGCUCUCUUUGUCACUUCAGCUCUUGAUGAGCCAGUGGAUGAAUGGGGAGAGAAAGUACUUGCUCUAUCGAUGGCCCAAGGCAUGCCCACACCAAUAGUAGCUACAAUGGAUAUAGAAGGAGUACAUCCCAAAAAACGCACAACUGAAAAACAAAAUGUUCAAAAGCUAGUCUCAAAAUGGCUUCCAGAAGAAAAAGUAAUGCAGCUAGACAAAAGUUCUGAUGGACUGAACUUGUUGCGUAGAAUUGGUAACCAGAAACGUAAUAUCAUCCAUCAUAGAGAAAAGAGACCAUAUAUGUUAGCUGAAGAGGUGGAGUUUGUACCAGAUAGUGAAGGCGAAAAUGGCACACUUAAAAUUAGUGGAUACUUAAGAGGUAUGCCAUUGAAUGUUAAUGGAUUAGUGCAUAUAACUGGAUUAGGAGAUUUCCAGAUGUCAAGGAUAGAUGGACUGGAAGACCCACAUCCCUUGAACCUAGGUAAAGAGAACACAAAAUCAGAUGAUACUAUGGAAGCUGAAGUUACAAAAGUCUCAGUGCUUCAAGUUGCUGAUCCAGCUAAACAGGAAAGUCUAGUCUCAGAGAAUGUUCCUAAUCCAAUGGAUGCUGAACAAACAUGGCCUACUGAGGAAGAAAUUGAACAAUCCAAUUUAGAGACUAAGUUAAAAAAAGUGAAAAAGGUUCCAAAAGGCUGGUCAGACUACCAGGCAGCUUGGAUUGUCGAAUCUGAUGCUGAAGGAGAAGAAGAUGAUGACAGUGAGAGUGAUGGACAAGAUGAAGAUGAUGAAUUUAUGUCUUGUGAAGAGGAUGAAUCUGAACAGGAAGAGAAUGCAGAGGACAAUGAUUUUGAGUCUGUAACAGAAUCAGAAGUAGGACCCACAGACGAAAAGUAUGAUGCAACUAUAGAUGCAUAUGAAGAACAUGAAAUGCUACAAAAGCUUGCAGCAGCCAGAGAGGAUCAGCAAUUCCCUGACGAAGUUGACACUCCUCAAGAUAUGCCAGCUAGGGAAAGGUUCAUGAGGUACAGAGGUUUGGAGUCCUUUAGAACAUCUCCCUGGGACCCUAAAGAGAACCUGCCUGAAGAUUAUGCUAGGAUAUUCCAGUUUGAGAACUAUGACAGAACUAGGAGGAGGGUUUUCAAGGAGUUGGAAGAUAGUUUGAUUAACAUGUAUGGAUUCUAUAUCACGGUGCAUGUGAAGGGUGUUUGUCAAGACCUAUGGAAGGCAUUCCACGCUUCAAACGGUGAUGCUCCUCUUGCAGUUUUUGGACUCUUGCCUCAUGAGCAUAAGAUGUCUGUCAUGAACGUAGCUCUGAAGCGCACGGGAGCGAGUGACGAGCCGAUCAAGAGCAAAGAGAGGCUGAUCUUCCAAGUUGGGUACAGGAGGUUCAUUGUUAACCCAAUAUUCAGUCAGCAUACUAAUGGUGCUAAGCAUAAGUAUGAGAGAUUCUUCCAGCCCGGAUCAACUUGCGUCGCUUCUUUCUAUGCUCCGAUACAGUUUAGUCCGUCUUCAGUUCUAUGUUUUAAGGAAAAGAAGAACACAAACCUACAGUUAUUAGCUACAGGAGUAUUAUUGUCGUGUAACCCAGACAGGCUGAUCAUCAAGAGGAUUGUGCUGUCUGGUCAUCCAUACAAGGUCCAUAAGAAGUCGGCGGUCAUAAGAUUCAUGUUCUUCAAUCGUGAUGACGUCAUAUACUUCAAACCUUGCAAGCUUAGGACGAAGUACGGACGCACGGGACAUAUAAAGGAAGCUUUAGGUACUCACGGCCACAUGAAAUGUGUGUUCGAUGGACAGCUCAAGUCCCAAGACACAGUGCUAUUAAAUCUAUACAAACGUAUGUUCCCCAAGUGGACGUACGAGAACUGCAUUGUUACUGAUAGAGACGCCAAGGAUACUGCCAUGAUGGAUUAGAUCUUGUCAUGUAGAAUAUAAAUAAACAUAAAUUUAUAGUAUAAGUUGUUUUAUUAAAAUAGUAUCCUCCAACAU